AUGGUGUCUCCCCCAGCAGCUAGUCCCUCCUCAACAUCCCCGGCCAGUAGCUCCCACCUCGGCAAGCGCCACGAACUCAGCGAGGACGCGCAAGACUCCGGCAGCGGCGGCGGCGGCGGGUACGGCCGCAAUGGCAAGCAGUCGUCGUCGUCGUCCGGUUCGCGCCCCAAGAGGGCGCAGGUCUCGCGGGCCUGCGCCCGGUGCAAGAACCUACGCCGCGCGUGCAACGAGUACCGCCCGUGCAGGCGGUGCGUCGACGCCGGUCUCGGCGACCAGUGUCUCGGCCUGCCGGGUCCCGUCUCGGUCGCCUGGGUCUCGGACGGCUCCCAGGCCUUUGGCCACGUGCCCCACGAGGCCGUCCAGCGCAUCGCCGACCUCCUCCCGGCGCGCGUCAUGGACUAUUGCGUCGACCGCUUCUUUGCGCGCCUGAACCCCACCAUCCCGAUCCUGACGCCCGAGUACGUCGUUCACCUGAAAGUCAUCGCCGGGCCCUCCGAGCUCGGCAUGGAGGCACAUUGCCUCUUGACGGCCGUCUGCGCGCUGGUGUUGCUCCAGGUGGAGGAGCCAGAGAGCCUGUGGCUGCAAGGGCUGAUCCCGGAGAAGAACGCGCUCCACGGGCGGAUGCUGUUCGAGGAGGCGCUCGCGGCGCAUCGCAACUUUGCGCGGCGGUCGAACCCGAGUUUCGAGCAGUGCCUACUCACCUUCUUCCUGUACGCGUGUCACUCGGCGCUGUUCCACCACAGCCAGGCCUUCCUGUUCCUGCGGGAGGCGACGACGCUGUUCCUGCUGCUGCGGCUCAAUACCGAGGCUUCGCCGAGGGGCUGGCGGACCGGCUGUUCUGGGUGCUCCUCGUGUCGGAGCGGUCGCACGGGAUCCGGUACCGGCGGCCCGUGA